AUGUCGCUUUCGAAACAAACUGAUAACAGAAACACGAUCGUGGAGGAGACAACGGGAGUUGGGCAUCGGAUCUCAGCGCUCGAACAGAAAGUGGAGAAGAUUAAGAGCUUUCUAGUUAAGAUCGAGAAAUUCCUAGAUGACAAAGAUCGCCUAGAGAAACAGAAUCUCGGUGGAAAAGAGAAGGAGGAGUCGAGUGUUCUAGAUGAGCUGCAGCAGUACCUACGCGACGCCAAGGUUACUAAGAACCAGAAGGAGGAAAUUCAAGCCUCAAGAGCGAUCGCGAGCCAUGCCGGAGGAUCUCCGGAGAGUAGUGAUCCGAUUCUGGAGCAGAAUCAUUUGAUGACUGUGCCUGAGGAGAAGAACGGUUCGUUGACACAGAGUCAUCAAUGGGUUACACAGAAGAACGACGAAUCAUUGACACGGAGGUUCGAGCCUCUGUUUGAUGGAGGUAACGCUGAAGGUUGGGUUAUCAGAGUGGAGCAGUAUUUUGAGAGGGGUAAAGUCACGGAGCAAAAGCUUUUUGGAAUUGUUAAUACAGAGAAGAAGGAUACGCAGGAGGAAAACCACUCAGCUGAGAUGGAUAGAAAUGCCUGCCAGGUGUUCGACGAAAUAACUCAGGAAGGAAAAAAGGUAGCGAAGAAGAGAAAGAAGAAGAGAUGGAAGGCAUCUCUGAAGGUUCAGGAGCGAUUAGAGAAACAAUUGAGUUCUGAAGAGAAACUGAAGACAUCUCUAAGUUGUGAAGAGAUCAGAAAUGGGUUUUACGUUAAUAGGAAACAGGGAGAUAUCAAGAAGAGUAUUUAUGCCUCCCAAGUGUUCGAUAAAAGGUCUAGGAAGAAGAAAAGGGAAACCAGAAAGAGGAAGAAUAAGAAGUUCACAAAAGCUAAGAGAUCUAAGUACAAACGAUGGAAAGGUGAUCCUCUCAACUUUGAGCUUGACAAUACAACAAUUAAUCUGGUCAAGAGUAUGGGACGCAAGGAUCUUCCUAAGUAUCCACAACGAGAAGCUUCUCUAGGCAAAGAGCUGAUAGAAAGGGGAGGCAACAAACGAGCUUUGGCCUUAUCCCUCGUCGAUAAAGAAAUCGCUAGGGCUGCAUUGGAGGGCAAGAACAAGAGUCUGGUCUGGUCUGACUGUAAUGAGGAGAGACAGGUUUGGGAACGACUUGACAUAGCGUUAAUCUGCCGUGCCCGCAUGAAGAUGUCAGCUGCAGGACAAGUAGGAGAAAGGCUUCCCAAGGCCAACAUCUCAAAGCAGCUAUACGGGUCAGCUGCAAUGCUUGCAUUACUGAUAGAUCGUCGUCAUCAGGCCAGACAAGGUAUGCAAGCUCAGGCAGGCCAUGAAGAGGCGUUGGUAAAAUGUCAAGUUCAACAUGAGAACACAAAGCUUGUGGCGAAACAGUCUCUACACUUCAACCUUGAGGACAAGGUUAAAUUCAAAGGCGGGAGUAUUGUUAGGAGCAGUGGUUAA